UGAGUGAAAUAUGGAGAAAAGACAUGCAGUGUCUGUCAGCCAUGCCGCACUCACCCACACAUUUGUACAAGUGAUCCGACCACCGUCAAGCCAGCUGUACACACACACACACUCGCUCCCUCGCUCCCUCCCUCUCCACCUCACUUAUGCAUCAUCCAUCUGAACCUUUCUACGGGUCGUCGCGUGGCCUUCGCCACUGUUGUUGAACCCCUUGCUCAGUAGCAAGCAUGGCAAACCAGACAAUCAACAAUGGCACCGACCCCGCAACGACACGUCUGCCUGUCUGUCGAUGAAGGAUCGAUCACAGAGAGCCGCAUCCGCACUCCAUCCACACCACACACACACUCGACCACCACCACAAGCAUCCAUCCAUCCAUCCACUGCCCUCUGUCUGCAUCGUGUGGUUGUCGACUUGGCGCCACACACGUGCCGGUAAGAUAGCUUUCGUCCCAUCUCACCAGGGCGUCUGUCUCGCCAGUCUAAAGCCCAGCGAUGCAGAAGCGGAAGAGGGCAGAGAGAGAGAGAGAGAGAGAGGGAGAGACAGGAAGGUACGCAGGGGUUGCCUUGGUCGAUUGCUUCAGCCCUCCACCCCCUCGCCAUACAUGAAUUCCUCCUACAUGAAUUCCUCCUCAUUGAACUGCUCACCAUCUGCGUGACACACACACACACACACACACACACACAUCUCCCCAUAUCCGUGGGUGGUCAGUGUGCGUGUCUGUGUUCGCCAUUCACUCACCAUCCUCCUGUCCAUCACCAGCAGAAGCAGAAGCACCAGCAGCGGCAGCAGCAGCGGCAGGAGCAGCAGCGGCAGCAGCGGCAGCAGCGGCGGGCUGUGCCUCCGGUGCCUCGCGUGUCGGCGCACCCAGUUGAGGAACCACCUCGUCCAUGUCGCCGUCGCCCGAUGCAGACAUGUUCUCACCACCGCCGCCGCCGCCGUCGGGAGAUGCCAGCUUGGCCUCCUUGGCUGCACGCGCCUCGGCGGCAUGGGCGGCCUUCCGCUUGCCCUGGUUCUCCUGCUGAACUGAAUGGACGGAUUGAUCAAAGGAGGGAUGACACAAACAGCAGGGGUGUCAUGGGUAGAUAUGUGUGUGUAGAGGGUGGAGGGUGGAGGGGGCGGAUGGGAUGUCUUACUUUCGUUGUGUAGUUGCUCGAGUUCGGGGACGAACUCUUCAAAGUCGAGAUCCUUAAGCGCCUCGAAAAUGUCCUCCUCACGGAUCGUCGUCCUGCAUCACAUCCACGGAUCGAUGGACCACACACAGACACAGACACACACAGACAUAUAGAACCAUAUAUAUGGUGACACCGAGACAGACACGAACAAAUCGCAUUCACUCACGCACACAGCCACAUGUGUCACCCAGAUCUCUCAUCUGUCCCCCUGGCUGUCCAGAUCCCUCACUGACCGUUUCCUGCUCUUGGCCACCUCGUUGCUGGCUGCGGUGAGGUAGAGAAUGAACACCGCGGCGCUCCUGUUGAACGCCUGCAGCGCCUCCUUGGACACCUUGACGCUACCGUCCAACAUGCUCUUCACCACUCGCUGAACAAACACAUGCAUGUGAAUGACACACAGGUAAAGUACCCAUGACAAACGCAUCUUGGUGCGCUCUACCUGCACAUUCGCCGCCGGUAGGUCCAGCGGGUGCAUGGAAGCGGCCGCAGCCCUCUUCGCACCUCCUCCACCCUCCUCGGCUGCCGCUGCUGCAGCAGCUGCUGGCUGAGCUGGUGCAGGAGCCUCAUCUACAGCUGCACCCUCAAUCACAGGCGGCUCAAUGCCGCUCCCUGACGCCAUUCUCUG